AGGCACGCUCCUUCCUCCUCCGGGCGGUUCCUUGUAGUCCUGGCCAGAAACCAAAACCCCGCCCGCGCGCACGGCUAUUGUCUUUCCUCUUUGGUUGGAAGAUGCUGUUUUUGCUGCGAAUGAGGAAGCAAAGGGCGGGAGUCUCCAGCAACCAAUCGGAGGUCGGCUGAGAGGUGGAGUUUCGCCUCUGGAGCGGCUGCAUUGGUUCGAGGCGCACGUGCCUUGUGUGGUGUGUGUGUACGCUUGUGCUGCGGUGGACAGGUCAGGAAGGGAGUCCCGUUCCGUACCGGGAUGCAGGAUGGCAGCAGCAGCAGCAGCAGCAACAACCAGCAUUCCCUAUAGGACCACAGGCUCAACGCUUUUGCAUCCAUUUAGUGAGCUUCUUGGCAUCCCAUUGGACCAGGUCAAUUUUGUUGCUUGUCAGCUCUGUGCACUCUUGACUGCAUUCUGGUUUCGUUUGUACUUAAGCCCCACUUAUGCCAGUUGUAGUAUUCGUCAUGCAUUUGCCACCGUUUUUGGAGUAUAUUUUGCUGUCUUCUGCUUUGGUUGGUACUCAAUCCAUAUAUUUGUUUUAGUACUGGUAAGCUAUGGCAUCAUGAACAUGGCCAGUAUUCCCAACAUCCAUAGGUACUCUUUUAUGGUAGCUAUGGGAUACCUCACUCUGUGCCAUAUUAGCCGGAUAUACAUAUUUCACUACGGUAUUCUCACUACAGAUUUUUCUGGUCCAUUGAUGGUUGUAACACAGAAGAUCACAACGCUUGCCUUCCAGGUACAUGAUGGAAUUGGUCAGAAAGCUGAAGACCUAACUACUGAGCAAAACCAGCUUGCUAUAAAAGUAAGACCAUCAUUGCUGGAGUAUCUGAGUUAUCAGCUCAACUUCAUGAGCAUCAUUGCAGGACCAUGCAGCAAUUACAAGGACUACAUAGCCUUCAUUGAAGGAAGGCAUGUGCAGAUGAAGCUGCUAGAAGUCAAUUGGAAGCAAAGGGGUCAUGACAGGCUUCCUGAUCCUUCUCCAGUGGGAGCCGUGCUGCACAAACUUUGUAUAACACUUGUGUCUAUGCUUCUGUUCCUGACACUUACCAAGAACUUCCCAGUUUCAUAUGUUGUUGAUAACCAGUUUAUCAAUAAGUCUUCCUUCUUGUCAAGGCUUGGGUACCUCUAUGUUGUUAUGCAAGCUUCGAAGCCAAAAUACUACUUUGCAUGGACACUUGCAGAUGCAGUCAACAAUGCAGCUGGCUAUGGUUUCAGUGGUGUUGAUGAGAGAGGCAACUUCCAUUGGGACCUAUUAUCUAAUCUGAAUAUCUGGAAUAUUGAGACAGCCACAAGUUUUAAAAUGUACUUAGACAACUGGAAUAUCCAGACAUCUGCUUGGCUUAAACGUGUGUGCUAUGAUAGAGCCUCACGGUACCCUACAGCGCUUACGUUUCUUCUCUCAGCUCUGUGGCAUGGUGUUUACCCUGGAUAUUAUUUUACCUUUAUCACUGGCAUCUUUAUGACACUAGCAGCAAGAGCCGUGAGGAACAAUUGUCGGCAUUUCUUCAUCUCCUCAAAGCCUCUCAAGAUGAGCUAUGACAUUGCCACCUGGAUAGUAACUCAGCUGUCGGUCUGCUAUGCUGUUGUCCCAUUUGUUCUGCUAGCUGUUGAGCCUACAAUUAAAUUAUAUAAGUCACUGUACUUCCAUAUGCACAUUGUAUGUGUACUUGUAUUGCUGCUCUUGCCGAUCAGAUCUCAAGACCACAACAAAAGGCAGCCUCCAGUUCAAGGCACACAAAACUUUGAUAUAAACAAGAAACAAAAGUGAUACCUCAGAAGGGAGUUGCUAAUCCUCCUCUGAGAUGCUGAGAAGAGUACAAAGAAUACAUCAUUGCAGGAUUGCAGUGGCCUAAUUUAAAACACUUUUAAACUACAGAAAGGAGCUUGACUGAUUACCAGUUAAGUCCUGUUACUGCAUAAUGUUUACAUCCUUGAAGGGCAAAGAUUCUAAUUUUUUUAAACUAAAGAGAAUAUUUUAUUAAAGUGUGUAUUAAUGUAUUUAAAAUUUUGAAUGUGUGUAAGGAUUUAUUUUCUUAGAGGAGUUUAUUUCAAUUAGCCAGUACUUUUAAGAUGAAGAAAAAUAAUAAUGAUGUUUGCUUAGCAGACCGGUGCUCUAAACAUCAACUUUAUUUUCUUUUUUCUUUCUCUCCAUAGACUGUUCAAGGAUGAAAGGCUGCUUGUUAGUGUACUUUUGUAAUUCCUACAUGGUAGAUUGCAGGUAGUUCUGGAUAGUCUAGCCUUGGAGACAGUGGCUGACAUUGUGACUACCAAAAUGUGUGCAUAAACAUCAGCUUCGCACAUGCAGUGGGACUGCCCUACAGCUUUAUCUGUCUCUGUGUGUGUUUCUUUUGAGACUAAGUGUAUUGGAGAGUGCUUCGGGAAAAGUGCCCGCAGGCUCCAUUGCAUGAAAGUGUGUGUGUGUGUGUGUGUGUGUGUGUGUGUGUGUGUGUGUGUGUGUGUGUGCGCCAAAACAAUCCCACUGCAUGCACGAAGCUGUGGUUUACACUCAUGCUUUGGUAGUUAGGAUGUCGGCCAAUACACCAAAAGGAGCUAAGACUCCAUGACUCCAUGAUCAAUGGAUGAGAACAGCAAGCACACACCGUGCAUCCUUGGCAAGUGGAAAUUCCAUGGGUGAACCCUCUUAAGAAAAAUGUUUGGGGAACCUUUAAUCUAGAACCAUAGAAAAGUGUAUGCUGAAUGACUGGACAUAGCCAUCAGGAAAAAUAGGAUUAUAGAACAGAUUGAAUAUGGUUGCCCAUUUAAAAUUAGGUAAAUUCUGCCUGAGGCAAGAAACUUAGAUGUUUACAAUAGCCCAAUGACUUGAAAGAGGGCUAUUUGCUUUGCUAGAACUCCCUUAAUAUUUUGCCUGUAUUUUGUGCUCAGCAAUGAAUGUGGGUGAUAUUGGGGUGUCCGCCCACCCCCAGAAUCCAUAAUGUGUUGCCGAUACUUCUUGCCUGCAUUCCAUUUCCUGUGUGAAGGCAAAUAGCUCAGGCACUUGCAAGUAACUCAGGGAGACUUUGUGUUAAGCAUUUGAAAUGACCUGUUCAAAUUUUCUUGACAUUUCCUGAUUUUUAAAAAAGAAAUAAUGCUUAUAUGUAUGUUUUAAACAGAGACUGUUUGUCUAUUUUUCAAUAAAACAUUCCAUUGUGGAGAAGGCAAUUUAAGAGCAAUUGAACAGACUUAGGUACAAGCUUGCUAAUUACUUGUUCAUAACUCCCUCCUUUCCACCUGCCUCCUCUCCCUCCUUCCACCUCUCCAACUUCAUAAUGCAUGUUGAGGCUCUGUAGAGCGAUAGAGAGAGGGACAAGUGUUACCUCUUAUCUGCCACCUAGAAACAAUUGCUGCUCUUUCACAACUGAGUGCCAACUUGUAUCUACCCAUGUCUAUCUUCAGUGUUGUUUGACUGCGCAUUUAAGAUCUUUAUUUUCUUUGAUAUUUUACUGUCACGCUUACAAUGGUGUGGCAGUAAAAUAUGCUGAAUCCGUUUGAGUGAAAAAUCAAUAUUUUGUUAUUUCUUGUAAAAUAGAAUAGAGAAAAUUGCUUAGCUCUGAUCCCGAUGAGCAAAAGAUAAAUGUAAAAGUUGGAUCAUAUGAACUGUUAUAAUACAAUCGCCUCUAUGUAGAACAGAAUGCUCUGGGAAUUGAUGUUGCUACUGUGUGCUAUCACUUUCGUGCUAACUUUGUCUUUUGAGUGAUAUGCUGGAUUCUAUUAUGGAUUAAUUACCCCAAGGAUAUACUGUAUUCUCAAAAGGAUAGCAAGCAAAUAAAAUAUUUUUACCAAAUG